AUGAUGCUAUCAAUUGCUGCUGUCUGCCUUUCUGCUGCAGUUUUCAUCGCUGCAGCUCUUCUCUUUUCUCCAGCAUCUACGCUGCUGAUUUUCUGCUGGAAUUGCUUCCUAAAACCAAUUGGAAAGACCGGGAACCAGCAAACGUCCCUCGAGAGAUUUUACAAGAGCCAGGCAUCUAUCUAUGACUCGACUCGUAAAACGUUAUUGAAAGGACGCGAGCUCAUGCUUCGGUUGGCAAAGUCUCACUUGCGCUUUACUUCAGACAUGGUCUGGGUUGAUCUUGGUGGUGGUACUGGUUACAACAUCGAGAAAAUGAACGAGUACAUUCCACUGUCGCAGUUCAAGGCCAUUUACCUCGUAGACCUCUCUCCGUCUCUUUGUGAGGUUGCUCGCAAGCGCUUCGAGGCUAUAGGCGCAACUAACGUCUUUGUUCAUUGCCGCGAUGUAAACGAGUUUGAGCUGCCAGACAACCAAAAGGCACACUUGGUCACAAUGUCUUAUUCCUUGUCAAUGAUUCCAAACUAUCACUCUACUGUCGAUAGAGCUGCCGCCCUGCUUCACGACGACGGUUUGGCCGGCGUGGUCGAUUUCUACGUGCAAUCAGAGUCAAGCUAUACGGCAAAAACCAACACUCUAGGUGGUGAGCUCCAUCGUCAUGUCAACUGGCUGUCGAGGAAUUUUUGGCGUCUUUGGUUCGAGUUCGAUCACGUCCAUCUCGACCCUGCACGUCGCGACUACUUAGAAUAUCGCAUGGGUACUAUCAAGUCUCUCAAUUGUCGCAACAAGAUUCUGGGCCACAUUCCUUAUUACGUGUGGGUUGGUUGUGACAAGCGUAAUGCUAGUGAUAUCAACUAUCGCCAUCAGCUGGCAACUGAAUCACCCUUCCUUGCCCCAAGACUACCUGCAGCUUCGGGCUCCUGCGAAAAUCUUUUGGACUUGCCAGUGAAGAGCAAAGGCCACGAUGCAGCGCAUGUGGCAAUGCUUCAGAAUAUGCCAUACCCUUCGUUCUACUACCAGCGUGAAAUUUGGCGUAUAUACUACGACAGCCAGGCUGCCCAUCACCACCAAUUCAACAACCAAUAUAUUUAUGCCUUCACUUGGGAAGAUCCCAUCGAGGAUCAUAACAUUUUAAAGUUCAACUCUGACGACGUGGUUCUGGCUAUCACUUCUGCUGGUGACAACCUACUAGCCUAUGCUGCUCUCGACAAGCCGCCUCGUCGUAUUCACGGUGUCGAUAUGAACCCGCAUCAGAAUCAUCUGGUUGAGCUGAAACUUGCGGCUUUGCGCGCAUUGUCCUAUGACGAUAUCUGGAUGAUGUUCGGGGAGGGCAAGCACCCCAAAUUCCAUGAGUUGCUGGUUAACAAACUUGCUGUCCAUAUGUCUUCUCCGGCAUUCCAGUACUGGUUUCAGGUGGGUGAGGAUACCUUUUCAGGGGCUGGACUUUACGACACGGGCUCUACUCGCUGGGCAUUGAGACUUGUUCGCUGGAUCUUCAAGAUUUGCAACAUCAAAGCCCAAGUUGACGCAUUGUGCGAUGCCAAAAGCAUUGAAGAGCAAAAGCAGAUUUGGAAUAAGCAAAUCAGACCUGUUCUGUUGAGUCCUAUUACUCGACUUGCCGUGUGCAACUCUGUCUUUCUAUGGAAGGCGCUCGGUGUUCCAAUGAAUCAGGCAGAUUGCAUCGAAACCUCUCUGUUCCAAUACAUUGUUGACACACUAGAUCCGUUGAUCGACACUUACCGUAUCGGCACCGAGAACUACUUUUAUUAUCUGUGUCUAAAUGGCCGCUACUCGCCCAAGACUUGUCCCUCUUAUAUCACCAAAAGGGGCUACUUUAAUCUAAGCCGUCGCCGAAGUGGUCUUGAUGGGAUCCGAUUGCACACCGACAGUAUUAACGAUGUUGUGGAGCGGCUCACUCCGGGCACUGUCACGAUUGCAAUCGUUAUGGAUCACAUGGAUUGGUUCUCGCCCGCCGGCAAAGAGGUUGACGAGGAAAUCUCGCAGUUACACAAGGCUCUAGCGAAUGGCGGACGUGUUAUGCUCCGAUCGUCGUCCACUAAACCGUGGUAUCUCAAAAAUUUCCAAAUCCAUGGGUUUGCGAUCGAGCCGGCUGCAGUGCGCAAGCCCGGCAUGGCUAUUGACAGAGUCAACAUGUAUGCUUCGACUUGGGUCUGUACAAAGCCAGGAAUGCAAGACUUGGUUAUUUAA